UUCAGCUGUCCUGCAGUGACCGUCUGGAUAUGAUGAGGAGUUUUCAGUCUUCAUAUUUCCAACACCUGUAUCUUCCAAUAGCAGCUUUAUUAGAAUGUAAAGCUCAAACACGGAGACCCUAUGUUCAUCAGUUGAACAUAAACUGUGUUCAGGGUGACAGCAUGACUAUUUCUUGCCUAACCACAACCCACCCGCUGGAGUCUCUAACAGUCAAACUACACAAGAAAACCCAAGAUAAAGUCAUCCUGAUAUAUCCAGACAUCUCUCCAGCAUCAGAGCACCAGAGAUGGUCUGUGAGGAAAGAGGAUGGAAAUGUUACACUUCAUCUGAAAGACAUCAGAUUAUCUGAUGAUGGCUUUUAUGACUGUCAGGUCUACAAGGAUCAGGACUGCCUUCAUUCAACUCGAUUUAACCUGAGAAUUAUAAAGUGUCAAAUGUUGAACGCUGUUCAUGCAACGCUAAACUCUUCAGUGUUACUGCCAUGCUCUGAACAUCCUCUACAAAACAGAACUGAUCAAGUUACUUGGAAAAUCGUUAAUGAUCGCCAAUCAACAGAAAUAACCCAAUAUCGCCUUCUAUACAACCCCUUAAGCACUACAGAAAAACGCCCAAAGCCUUUGUAUGAGAGAGCGAGAAAACAAGCGAACGGAUCUCUGCUUAUAAGGAAUGCAGUUCACACUGAUGAAUCGUGGUAUCGGUGCAGAGCGAAUGAAAAAACCUGCUAUGAGAUGAAGCUGGUUAUGAAAGCCUCCGCUGACAGUCCUUUUGGCCAGGCUUAAAGCAACACUGAGCCCAAGAGUGCAACAGUGACAAAUAAUCUGACAG